UGUAUAUUCGUAACUUCUCUCCCCGCCGGUUUAAUUAUUUCUAGUACAGUUCAUCCUAUAUAUCGCAGCUAGUGUAUAUAUAACAUCAUGCCGGGCCUCACCAUCGGAGACGAAAUCCCAAAACUCCGUGUGGAAACCACACACGGCACGAUCAAUCUCCACGACUACGUCGGUGACUCCUACGUCAUCCUCUUCUCCCACCCGGGCGAUUUCACGCCGGUGUGCACGACGGAGCUGGGGAUGAUGGCGGCGUACGCCGGCAAGUUCGCGGAACGCGGGGUGAAGCUCAUCGGGCUGUCGUGCGACGACGUGGAGUCCCACAAGAAGUGGAUCAAGGACAUCGAGUCCUACAACGGCGGCCACAAGGUCAACUACCCUAUCAUUGCAGACCCCGACAGGAAACUCAUCAAGCAACUCAACAUGGUCGAUCCCGACGAGAAGGAUCCCUCUGGUAACAACGUCCCUUCUCGCGCUCUCCACAUUGUUGGUCCCGACAAGAAGAUAAAGCUGAGCUUUUUGUACCCGGGGAGCACGGGAAGAAACAUGGAAGAAGUGGUGAGGGUGUUGGAGUCCCUGAAAAGGGCAGCGGAGCAUAAGAUUGCUACCCCGGUGAACUGGAAACCGGGGGACGCUGUGGUCAUUGCACCCUCCGUCUCAAGCAACGAAACGAAGAAGAUGUUUCCGCAGGGCUUCACCACCGCCGAGCUUCCCUCCGGCAAGGAAUAUCUCCGCUUCGUUGAAGGCGUUUAAAUUACUUAAAUAUGCAUAGUAUAUCUUGUGUCCGCGCUAAUUAAGUACGUA